AUGGAUCCAAGACAACCGCAACAUCCCUUUUCCUCACGGAAUACUACAUCUCCUUAUGGACGCACUCCCUUUCCGCCUUCAUCGAAUCAACCACAAUACCCUUCAUCAUCGCAUCCUCCUCCAGCGGCUCCUGCAUAUACCGAUCACCAACGAAGACCUUCGGAUCCUCCAUAUUAUAAUCCGCCGAGAAGUUAUGGGCAAGAAGGGCCUCCGAUGUCUGGACAAAGUCAUUCGAGACAUCAGAGCUCAUCCUCUGUUGGUCAUGGAACCCCUGUGAAUAGAAACAUGCCUCCUCCAUCUUCUCCCCAACAGCAAGCUCCCCAGGCCACACAUCACUAUGGGCCUCCACGACCUCCUCCAGCGUCCGUGGGACCGCCUAGUACUUAUUCAUCUGGUCGUGAAUUGCCAUCCUUGCCUUCUUUAGGACGACCUCCAAGUGGUAACAUGUCAAUUUCUUCCAUACUUGGAGGGCCUUCCCCUGGUUCGCGGGAACCACCUAUCUCACAAGCACAUUACGCUUCCCCAGUUGCAACAUCGGCUCCUCCAAGUUCAAUGUUUGGUACCACCCAUGCAUCGCCGCGGAUGACAACCGCUGGUCCUGAAUACGCUCCCUUUCGUCGGCCCCAAACUCCUGAACACCAACGGCAAUACGAGACACGCGAUCAUCGAGCAAACUCUGCAGGCUCUCCAGCUGGCCUUGGGCAUUAUGGGACCCCUGAAGCACGACGUUUUGGAACUCCUCAGCAGUCUUAUGCGCAACGCGUCGCUGCCCCUGAAGAACGCCGUGAGCCAAUUCGAGUACCCAAUCCAAACGUCCCCAGUACUUCAAUUCCACCACGGCCGAACAGUCAACCUAGCGGUUUUAACCCUCCUCCACCGCCUCGAAUAUCUGAUCCUCGUCCGCCAAUACACAAUGAGAGUUUGUUUGGGAGAAGGGUGGAUACCGCCUCACGACCGGACCCCCCGAGAGAGACGGCAUAUGGCAGACCUGCAUAUGAGGAGAGGCAUAAUUCAUACGGCUAUGAUAGAGACAGACAGGAAAGAGAGCGGGAACGGGAGAGAGAGAUCUUGAUGCAAAGGGGGAGAGAACUGCGGGAACGAGAACGAGAAAGGUUGGAAAGGGAGAGAGACAGGGAACGGGAACGACUUGAGCUUGAGCAACGAGAUCGAGAACGAGAGUACGCCCUCCAAAUGGCACAAAGAAACCCACAACCUGGCUACAAUCGACCGCCCGAAGCCCGAGAGCAGCCGUGGAUGAGACAAAGCUAUGAGCCUGCACCUCCACCUCGACCAGCUUAUGAACAGCCACCUCCUGAACGGGUACCCCCGCAAGCCUCAAAUGGCUACUACCCAGCUACGACAGCACCUCAGUAUGGAGGACAUUCUGCAUACGCUUCCAACGAAGCCAGAUACGGCCCAGCGCCCCAACCCAGUUCAGUGCCUAUAAAGCAUGAAUCCACCCCAGCUACACAAUAUGAAGCGGCCAUGCAAGAGCGACCAAGGUAUGCUCAACAAGAACAAAGGCCAAUGUAUGGUGGACCUCCCCAAAGUGGACCCUACCAAUCCCACGAAUCUCCAAGGAAAGGUGAGGAGCCUCCGCAGAUGCAGCAACAACGGUAUCUUGGUGUCCAAGGAAUCAACCGGACGGGCAAUCGCUCGCCUCUUCCUCAAGCUGUCCAGGGCGCACAAAGUCAGUUCAAUGCUCCAGGGGGGGAUCCGGCCAUUGCGAACGAAUUUGGUAAGAUAUUUGGCGGUCUUGGUGGAUCCGGAGCUAUGGGUGCUCCAAGUCCACUGAGUGCAGGGCCCCCAGGAUUACCAUUUUCGAACUCGGGACAGCUGCGUAGGGAAGAUUUAGAAAAUCUUCAGGAAUCACCUCUUGAGAAUGGGCAGAGAAUCUCUCGAACGGCAUCAAAUAAUGGCAGGAGAAGAAAGCUGAAAGAGGAAGGAGGUGAUGACGAGAGCAGUACUGGAAGGCAGACCCCGAGUGGAAGAGCAAAGCGCCCCAAGACUAAUAGUCACCACCACCACCUUCCUCAUAAUCAUCACCACCACCACCACCGCGCUGAACCGGUUGACACUACCUCAUCACCAUCACAAUCAAAUCUGACACCCUUUAAGAGUACUAGAGGGUCCAAUAUUCCCUCCCCACCAGGCCGGGAUCUAGGUGCAACUCAUCAUCACCACAUUGUCAAACACCAGCCUCACACUGCUGCAGCGAAGACUCCUCCUCCCACUAAGGUCAAUAAUAUCAUUCCUCUCCAGAAAGUCACGAUUCGCAACCAAGCGGUGUUGGAUUCUGUUGCAGAUCUUCCUCGCAAACACUUAGGUCAUGCAUACUACCACUCCUCUCUGAAACCUGAUCCUUUAGCCCCAAAACGCGAUUUCUCCACCAGCCGCGGCUUUGCCAGCACACCUCAGCCACUCCCCCGAUUCGAAGGAAAUGAGAACUGUACAUUUACUGUCAAAGUCAUGCGCGCUUACCUCGACCAUAAAAGCAGAGAAGAGAUUACCAUCAGGAGAGCCGUCUGGGGAACAGACAUCUACACCGACGACUCUGACAUCAUUGCCGCUUGCAUCCACCAAGGUUGGUUCAAAGGUGCAUGGCCGGCAGGAGUCGAUGAAAACCUUCUUGGCCUUGAAGUCACUGACGACGGAACCAUUCACGUCUUCCGAUCACUGGACGAAAUUUGGACGAAGCCGCCUCCUUCUGGUCCUGCUGACGUUCCCAAGAAUCGAGAUUUGAAUGUCAACAUUUUGAUACUGCCUUUGUUGGAUAAGUAUAGCAGUGUUACGAGAUUCGGCAUCAGAAGCAGGGAAUGGGGCGGAAAAUAUGAUGGGUAUCAUAGCAUGCAUGAUGGGUUGAGCUUCAUGAUACAGAGUAUUCAGUGGGUUGAUGGCAUCAAUGGGGUUGAGGGAAGGAGUGUGCAUGAUAGGAGAGAGCUAUUGGCGCAGGAGCAGCGAGAGGCCGACUUGGAAGCUGCGAAGACGCUGGAGGAGUUAGUGCUCAAUGGUAAUGGAUCUGGGAAACCGCAAUUCGAGGAGAGCUUCGAAAGGGGUGGAGACAGACCGGAGGAAAGGAGGGGUGAGAUCAGAGGCGUUGGCAUGGGGAGCUGGUGGAAGAAGCCGAAUGCUGUUCACAAAAAGGAACCGCCUGGCUCCGAAGCAAUCUCUUCUAUGGAAGAGCCAAAUGGCACUCUACCGUCAGCUGUACCCGCACCAUCCGGGGUUGUGGAAACCGUCGAAGCGGCACAAGAACCUGAACCACAAGAACCAGAACAAACCCAGGAGCGGGAUGUACGGCAAGAACAGUCCAGGCGAAUCUCAAGAGUGACAGAACUCAUGAUCGCGAACGCGAAUUCGUCCGAAGCCAUGGGCCAACCUGUCACCCCGAAGCGAGCAGAAAUCCAAGCGCCAACACCGUCGCCUAUUUCGCCUGUACAUCCGCAGUCAGAACCUCCUGCUCAGAGCGGAGAGCUUAAGCGACAAGAGGGAAAUGGGGAGAGGGAGCGUGAAAGUGAGGAGGAUACGGAUAUGGACGCUACGAUGUAG